CGCCACCAACGAUGAGUGAAGAGAAGGUAAGCACCCUGCCAGACGAGGUGAAGGAUCUACUGGAGUGUCUAAAAGAGGGGAGCGCAAAAUUCCAGCAACAUUUAGCAGAGCUGAAGGAGUACCUACAAAAGGAUCGAAUCAAAAACACGAAUACCUUAGUGCAGUAUAUUCUAAAAAACAUACAUGCGAGUGGUUUUCAGAAAAACGCAUGCUACUUCUUAGCAGAUGUAAUAGUAUACAUUCAAAGUGUAAAUAAAAUUCCAAAGAAAUAUGAGUUGGACUGUGUAGAUGUAGGACUGACUUUGCAUAAACACGAAACGAGACAAAUAUGGGUCGAUGAGGAUUAUGACGAGGUAUAUCCUCAGUGUAGAAUACGAAUCCAGGAUGAUAAGUUAAGAAGGUUUAAUACCAAAGAUUACAGAAAGGAUCUCAUAAGGACAUGCACAAAGAAUGUAAAUUAUAUGGAAAUAAUGUAUGUCCUUAGUAGGAACAUGUCCCCACGAAAUGGGUAUGUCUUAUUCAACAACAUUUUGCAUAAGUCUGAAAUCAGCUAUCGUUAUAAAUUGCUCUCCUUGGAAUAUUUUGCUCAUGUAGUUAACAAAAUAGCUUUGGAAAGAGCAAAAUAUAUUGCACAGAUGCUUCCCCUAGUAUUAGGGAAAUUCUAUAGUAUAGAUGGAAAACCAUACUACAACGACAAUGUAACCAGCAUAGACGUGCUCAUUUCUAUGUGUAAAUUUUCGAAUGUUCUUUGUGAUCAAUCGAUUAAGACACAGGAAGAUGAUAAACAGGACGUGGCUUUACACUCAAUCAUAGCUUUCAUUAUGAAAGUAAUAAGUUAUCACAAUAAAGAAUUACCAAUAAAUAAAAAUAUAGAAAAGAUGAUAAAAUACAUACACUAUGAUCAUUUGGAGUAUGAGAAAUGUGUUGAGAUUUACUCCACUUUAUCUUCAAAUUUAUAUCAGGAUAGGAGAGAAAAGAUGGUGAAGGAUUGUCUGUCAGCUCUCCUAUGGAGACUAAGCAUAAUUAACUCUAACAUACCACGCAUUUUAGAAAAUGUCAAUAUAUUAAUGCCAAAUGCAAAAGCAUGUGCUUUGGAAAAUUCUACCUUAGAAAUUUCUAUCCUCUGCUACCUCAUAUUUGUAGAAAAAAUAAAUGAAUUGUGCUUCCCUAAAAUAUACUCAGAGUUGUAUCUCUUCAAUUUGAUGAUCCGAAAUAGUUACAAUUUACUUCUAUGCAUUCCGGAGGCAGAUGAGGACGUUAAACAUAAUUUGUUAAUCAAGGCUUAUCACCUCAUCUGCCUUUGUGCCGUCCUAUCCAAUAUUAUUCAAAAGAGAGAUGGAACAGUUUUCUCAAAUAUUUACAACUUCAGAUGGAGACCAUUAGAAUUUCUACAAACAGUACAUCGAACUAUUCAUGAUCAUAGAACAUUCAAAAUGUAUUCCAAGACUGUAUACAAUGCUGUAUGUAUAAUCAUGAGGAAUUUCAAAUGGGAUAUUUUGUACUCAUUAUAUUACAAGCUACUUAAUGAAUCCCUUCCGGACAACGCCCGUAGUUUAAUUGCCGCAUUUGUAAAGGAUGAAAUGCACAAAGAAAUGGUUCGUGUUGUUAAAAAGGCAGAAAUGAUAAAACAGGAAUUUCUUUACAAAAAUGAAGAAUUUGAAAAUAUGCUUAACCAAGCUAUCCAAGAGGAAAGAAAUAAAUCUUCCACUCCGGCUGUUACCUCUUUUGGAGAAAAUACACAACUAGCCAAAAUAAAAGAAGUAGCUGAAGAAAUAAAUAAAUUGGGGACACAAGUAAAAAAUAUUAUCUACAUCCUCAUGAGUGAAGAAUCUGUACUACUCAACGUGGAUGCCAUCACUGUCGUCCUGAACAUUAUCAAAAUGAUUUUAUUGAAUAAAAAUUUGAAACCCUUUUACAAUUUCAUCGUAAAUGUGGAACAACCCUCUGCUUGUUUUCUGCAAAGCAAAAUUAAACAUUUCCACACACAAAUUAAGUUGGAGAAGGCUAUACUUGAAAGGGAAAAGAAGGAGGAUGCCAAUUCCAUUUUUUACACCAACGUGAAUGGGGACUCACGUGGUCGCGGGCCUAACCAGGAAGAGGUGACUUACCAGGACACGGAUGUUAGCAUGAAUGAGCUGGAGAUCAUCGUUAUGCUUCUGGGAGACGUUGAGGCGAGCAUCGACAGCAUCAAAGCGUCGCAGAGUU